AUGCAGGAGGUGUUGCUUCCCCUGCCGUACACCACACUGUCAGUUCUGGCCUCAGUCUUGCUGCACUCGAGUCAAAGCCAUGACUGCUUUCAAGGGCAUCUGGACUCAGGAGUUCUGGCGCUGCAGGGGGCCGAGUUCUUCGCUAUGCUGCUGUUCGUCCUGCUCAGCCUCGGGUCAACCAUCAACUGGGGGGCGGUUGAGGAGGAUCCCCGUCCCCCUGACCUGGUGCUCAUCUCGCUCUGCUUUGGCCUGAGCAUUGCUACCAUGGUGCAGUGCAUCAGCCACAUCAGUGGUGCUCAUAUCAACCCGGCAAUUCCGUACACUGGAGCCAGUAUGAACCCUGCCCGAUCCUUUGGCCCAGCCAUGGUCACAUGGUGCUGGGAAAACCACUGGGUGUACUGGGUGGGUCCAUUUUUGGGUGUUGCUCUGGCUGCAGCUCUGUAUGAAUACCUAUUCUGUCCAGACCCAGAGCUGAAGAAAUGUUACUCCGAGGCAUUCAUCAAGAUACCCUUCACUGCUACUAAACACCGGCAGGGCACAGUCACAGCCCAGGAGCCUCUCUUCACUGUCAUGGAUGUGGAGAGAGCUGAGAGGAAGAAAAGAGAGAGGGAGAUAUCGGGGGAGGUGUUGUCCUCUGUAUGA